GGCUUGCUGGUGAUGGAGAUUGUCUCUUCUUCCCCUUCACCCUUCCCUGCCAGUUCCCCCACCGUGCAGUCGGAGAACGCCACUGCCCAUGACUACUACUCCGGCCUCCAGAAGAGCAUGCACGUCCUCUCCAUGGUGGUGUACAGCAUUGCCUGUUUGCUGGGGGUGACAGGGAACGGCCUCGUCAUCUGGAUUGCAGGCUUCAAGAUGAAGAAGACGGUGAACUCCAUCUGGUUCCUCAACCUGGCCAUUGCUGACUUCAUCUUCACCUUUUUCCUGCCCCUCAGCAUCGCCUACACCGCCCUGGGCUUCCACUGGCCGUUUGGGAAGCUCCUGUGCAAGCUGAACAGCACCAUCGCGUUCCUCAACAUGUUCGCCAGCGUCUUCCUCCUGACGGUCAUCAGCAUGGACCGCUGCGUUUCUGUGGCCUUUCCCGUCUGGUCUCACAACCGCAGGAGUCCGGAGCUGGCGGCCAGGAUCGCACUGGGGACGUGGGUCCUGGCUCUCCUCCUCAGCUCCCCGUACCUCGUCUUUCGGGACACUGUGGUCAGUUCCAGGAACAUCACCAGCUGCUAUAAUAAUUUCGCGCUGUCCGAUGACUACACGUCCGAGGCAACGCGGAGGCUGUGGAGGAUGCGGCAUAAAGCGAUGAUCGUAACACGAUUCUUAUGCGGGUUCCUCAUCCCUUUCACGGUGAUUCUCAUCUGCUACAGCAUCGUUGCUGUCAAGCUGAAAAGAAGGCAGUUAGCCAACUCUGCGAAGCCAUACAGAAUUAUCAUCGCUGUCACAGUCUCGUUUUUCCUCUGUUAUUUCCCCUAUCACGUCUUCUCCUUGCUGGAAAUAUCCAAAAACUCUUCCAGCCAUGAGAUGAAAAUGGCCCUUUACAUAGGGAUCCCCUUGGUUUCCAGCCUUGCUUUCUUCAACAGCUGCAUCAACCCCAUCCUGUACGUAUUUGUGGGGCCGGAUUUCAAGGAGAAGUUUCGCCAGUCCAUCCUGUCGACCUUCGAAGGGGCCUUCAGCGAGGAGUCGGUCCUGGGCAGCCUGACCAGCAGGCGAAAGUCCAGGUCUGCUUUGGAAGCGGAGGUCCCGAGGCUCUGAGCGGGCGCUGGUGUGGA